UAAUUUUUUUUUAUAUAUAAUAUAUGGACGAGUCAUGGCGAAUGCGCAUGGGAGUGCCAAUGCCAAGCGUCCCAAGACGCCGAUCCAUGGAGGAUAUUGCAACCACAAGACAUUUCAUGGAAGCCAGAUUAGACCCAGACGAUUUCGCAGACGUUUUCGGUGGGCCUCCAAGGAGUGUUCUUUCUCGCAAAUUCUCUGCUGACUCCACCAGAUCUUCUUCUUCUCCUUACGAACAGAUUUCCCUGCCACCUACGGAGUUUGUGUCUACGGGGAAAACCAAUGGAGGGUGCAGCUUGCCGGCAUUCAGGAUUCCGGACAGGGUAGAAGGGCUCUAUAAUGAUGUGUUCGGGUUAUCGGAGGAGGGCAGAUGGUCAAGAGAAAACUCCAAGUCCAAAUGGAACUCUUCGUCGGUACUUAGUUCGAAGGAGCUCAAUCCUCUACGGCGGCCGGUGACUGGAGAUGACGUUGCCUUGUCUUCUUCUGCUUCAAAGCUCAGGUACCUACUUUUAACUAUUUUCUUUAUGAAGUUACAGAAUAGUGUAUAG